AUGGUUUAUUUGUUGGAUUAUGAAAAUGAUUUUACGCAAACUCAAUUUUUUUCUCAAGCUCAAGAUGAUGACUUUAUGGAGCCAAAUGCCGAAGAUGAGUACAUGGAUGAGGAACCCAAUGCUAAUAAUACACAGACUGUUCCUGAAAUGGAAACUAUGGAGGAUCAACCACCUCCUGUUGAUGUCAUUCAUGAAGAUACAAAAUAUCACUUCCAAACUGACUUGACGUGGAAAACUAAAGAAGAAGCUGUUAAAUGGGCUGAGGAACAUGGUUGGAAAAUCAAUUGUGUCCUAGUUAAAGGUAGACAAAGCCGAAAGGAGCGGGUUGAGAUGGUUUAUGAGAGAUACGGGAAGAAAAUAUGGAUUGUCGUCAUAACCAUCCACGUCCAAAAGGAUCUUCAUGGACAUUAUAGAGCCGGAAGACUCAAAGCUCAUGAAUAUGCGGAGGUAGAUAAAAUCACACGAGCACAUAUGCCACCCUCUAAAAUUCUUAGCAAGUUGAAGGCGGAUGAUAAGAAUAACAAGACUAUGUUGAAACAAAUAUAUAACGCGAGAAGUACUUUGAGAAGAAAGGAUUUGCAAGGUAGGUUGGUGAUGCAACAAUUAUUGUGUUUGGCGCAAAAGAAGAACUAUGCUUGCCAAAAGAAAUUGGAUGAAUUCGGCCAUGUGACGCACCUUUUUAUUGCCCAUCCGGAAUGCGUAAAGUUGGAGUUAUGCUUCCCACAAGUUCUCAUAUUGGAUUGCACUUACAAGACCAAUAAGUAUGAGAUGCCCUUGAUGAACAUUGUUGGUCAUACGUCAACCAUAGCUAUGAAGUCCCUAACUUUAUUUUUAAUUGUUUCGAUUCGACAAAAGAAUGAUGCCCCAUCCCGGUUGUUAGGAUUACCUGUUUCGUUGGUGAAGGCUUCAUGA